GCCGUGAACACAGAACACAGAACACAAUAAUGUGGCAGCCCACAGCUUUAGUGCUAAUCCUCCUAAUUUCCCAAAGUCAAGGUCACUUGAAGGACGAUGGAAAAUGUAACGGUUUUCAGUCCAAUUUCAGUUUUAAGAGUGUGAUCGGGUCGUGGCAUGUCGUGGCGAUAGUCCCGGAGGCUUUACCGAAGAACCACUCGGUGUCCUGCUACCAAGUGGACUUUAGCGAGACUGACGUGGGAGGUCUCCGGUGGCUAGUAAACCAGACCAUAGACACGAAAAUAAAGCCUGAAAUACUGAGCAAAGUCGGUGGACUAGUCAUCCGACAGCGAUACCACUCGCAACAACCUUUCGACGUGUGGUCGAAAGCUGUAGGAGGAGUAAACGGAUGCUUCGAACAAGUCCUGUCUCUGAACCAUACUGAUAAGAAGGAUAUUAAUAGAGCACUAACACAGAAUGAAAGGAUGCAGUUGCAUUUGUUGACAACGAAGCACAGCAAGAACCCUCUGCUACUGCAAAUGCUGUGGAGCAAAAUGAUCACAGCUGUGAUUUACAGCAGAAACAAGGAUGUGAACAUGAACCAGCUAUUGGAAACCAUCGAGUUUUUGAAGAAACUACGCGGAGCAGAGUCCAUGAUGGAACCGACCGUGUGCGAUGAAUUAUUAUCCGACAAAUUAGCAUAAAUGUUAUAUACCUAGGUACAUUAAAUAGAGUAAAGAACGAA